AAAACAAGUCAAGCUGCCCUACGUCAACACAGUCAACAAUGAUUAAAAAACAUGUGGGUCUCUGCCAUCGCAGCUACUAAAACAAUAAUAAUACUCUAUAUGUUCGACUCACCGUCGCGAGGCGCUAAAUGCAAAAGCAAGAAAGCCUGAGCAAAGAAUGUUCCAGCAGCUUUAAUAUACCCAUAUAUGCUAUAUAUCUGCAUUCGAAUUAUUAUAUUUAUUGACGAGCCUGUGCAAAAAUGGAGUGCCCUGCUGUGCCUAGUUUCAGGUGUCUCUACAGCCGAUCACCAUUAUCUUCAUCUUCUUUUGCGUUUGGCAGGCACGGGAUUUUGAAGCUUGCCAUGGCCACCAAAAUUAAAUAUAGUUGUCAUUUGCCACAUUUUGGAAGAACUAGGGUUUAUGCCAGCAAAACAGAAAAUUUGAGUGCGGCCAGUUCAAAUGCUAACCAAGAAAAUGAAGCAGACGCAAAACAGAGCAACCGAGAGAAAGAAGAAAAACGGCAGAGCAGCAACAAUCUGUCGAGAAAAGCAGAUGAUUUGUUCUCGGUGACGUCAUCUAGCCAUUUCGAUGUGGAUUAUUUAGGCGAAAGCACCAAGGGAGACAUGAACCUCAAGCAACCCCAUCGAUUUGAGACGGGAUUUGGUUUGGAGGGUUCUUUUACUCUGGAAGGUCCAAUUGAAGAAAUUGCAAAGGCUGAGGCUAGGGAUGCAGGGAUGUUGCUGAAUGAGCUGGGUGUUCUGGCUCCUUUGUCCGGUGGUCUUGGAACCAGGGGUAUCUUUUGCACCAGAACUCUGAACUUUAGGUCAAUCUCAGCUAUUGGUUAUGACAUGGACUACACCUUAAUUCAGUAUAACGUGAGGGCUUGGGAAGGUCGAGCAUAUGAGUAUGGAAUGGACAAUUUGAGGAGCAUGGGAUAUCUGGUUGACGGCCUUGAAUUUGAUCCUGAUUUGGUUAUAAGGGGCCUUAUUAUGGAUAAAGAGAAAGGCAACUUGAUCAAGGCUGACCGUUUUGGCUAUGUAAAAAGAGCUAUGCAUGGGACUAGGAUGCUUUCAAAUCGUGCUGUAAGUGAGAUAUAUGGGCGAGAGUUAGUUGACUUGCGCAAUGAAACUCGAUGGGAAUUUCUUAACACUCUUUUUUCUGUUUCUGAGGCAGUAAUGUAUAUGCAGAUGGUGGACAGACUGGAUGAAGGAGCCCUCCCUCCAGAAGUUGGACCUCUUGAUUAUCAAGGACUUUACCAAGUCGUAGCUAGAGCUCUAUUCAGAGCACACGUGGAAGGACAACUCAAGAAUGAGAUAAUGAAUGAACCUGAGCGCUUUUUGGAGCAAGAUCCAGAACUUCCACUAGCACUUUUAGAUCAGAAGGAGGCUGGCAAACGUCUUCUUCUAAUUACAAAUUCAGAUUACCACUACACGAACAAAAUGAUGCAUCAUGCCUUCAAUAAGUUUCUUCCCAAUGAUAUGGACUGGCGUGAUCUUUUUGAAAUGGUCAUUGUCUCUGCAAGGAAGCCUGAGUUUUUUCAAAUAUCACAUCCCUUGUAUGAGGUUGUGACAGAAGAUGGACUAAUGCGUCCAUGUUUUACAGCACGAUCAGGUGGAUUAUAUUCUGGUGGUAGUGCACAGAUGGUCGAAAAGGCUUUGGGUAUACAUGGAGAUGAAAUUCUAUAUGUUGGAGAUCAUAUUUUUACAGAUGUAAGCCAAUCCAAGGUUCAUUUUCGCUGGAGAACUGCCUUAAUUUGUCGUGAGUUGGAAGAAGAGUUUACAGCACUGGUCUGUGGCAAGGAUCAUAGAGAAAAACUGAUAGCACUUAUGAAUCAGAAGGAAGUAGUUGGUGAUGUGUUUAAUCAAUUGCGUCUAGCUCUACAACGACGGACUAGAGGGCGUCCAGCACAGACUAGAAAUGCAACAGAGAUGAAUGAACAGGAACUUACAGAGAAUAUGCAGAAACUCCUUAUUGUUAUGGAAGAACUUGAUAAAAAUAUUGCUCCUAUGCUAGAAGCUGAUGGAGAGCAUUUCAACAAAAGGUGGGGCUACCUCUCUCGUGCUGGUUUGUGGGAUAAGAGCCAUCUUACAAGGCAAAUUGAGAAAUAUGCAGAUAUAUAUACUUCUCGUGUUUCCAAUUUUUUGCGAUAUACACCAUUCAUGUAUUUCCGAUCACAAGCUCAGACACUUGCUCAUGAUCUACACCCCUAUGCUGGAAGAGAUUCAUAAUGCUGGCAAGUUUUGUCACAAGAUCUCAAGUUUGUAAUUCAAGCUAUAGAGGAAUUUUUGUUUGUGGCAUGAGUACUGACCCCACAAAUUUCUGGUGUAAGACUUUGUGGUCUACCUAACAAGUAAAAAGUAGUUCCAACAAGCUUCACUUUUGUAAUUCUAAUUUAUAGUGUUAUUUAGUGAUAUCAAACUUUACUACAACUGGUAGGAUACAAUUCCAUCUAUUUUUACACAUAAUGAGGGCAGUAGCCUGUGGUCGCAUAGGUAGGAUAGUCAUCACCAAUAUGUAUCAAUUUGGGGACAACUUUGUAAUAUUUAUGUUGAUUGUACAUCAAUAAAUAGAUUUAAGUGCGCACUUGAAGGUUUCA